AUGGCGACGUUAACGCUGCUCGCGAGAUUUGUGUCAUUUCGUUUUGCACACGCCAAAUUGCUCGAGUUACCAGGGUCCAGGUGUAACGCGUUCCCUUAUGGUCGAACUAUGAUGGCCUGCAUGUGCACGGAUCCAAAAUUUAUGUAUGAUUUACUUGUGAUUGGCGGUGGUUCUGGUGGUUUAGCUGCAGCAAAAGAGGCAGUGAAUCUAGGUGCAAAAGUUGCAGUUCUUGAUUUUGUGACACCGUCUCCACAAGGUACAACAUGGGGUUUGGGUGGCACUUGCGUGAACGUUGGUUGUAUCCCAAAGAAAUUGAUGCAUCAAGCUGCUCUACUCGGAGAAGCUGUUCAUGAAUCAACUUUCUAUGGUUGGCAACUGCCAGAUCCACAAACUAUUAAACAUGACUGGGCAGCAUUGAAAACUGCAGUACAGAAUCAUAUAAAGUCUGUGAAUUGGGUCACACGUGUUGAUCUUAGAACACAAAAAGUUGAAUACGUCAAUGCACAAGGAUAUUUUAAGGAUCAACAUACAGUAUGCGGAAAGAUGAAGAAUGGGCAGGAAAAAGAAUUUACAGCAAAAAAUAUUUUAAUCGCUGUGGGUGGUAGACCAAGAUACCCUGAUAUUCCUGGUGCUGUAGAAUAUGGUAUAACCAGUGAUGACAUUUUUAGUUUAGAGAAAGCUCCAGGAAGAACGCUUGUUGUUGGUGCAGGAUACAUUGGUUUAGAGUGUGCUGGAUUCUUGAAAGGUUUAGGGUACGAUGUGACAAUAAUGGUACGUUCUAUCGUCUUAAGAGGAUUUGAUCAGCAAAUGGCAAAUAUUGUUGCUGACGAAAUGCAAAGACGCGGUGUGAACUUUGUUUACAAGGCAAAACCUGCGAAAAUUGAGAAACAACCUGAUGGUAGCCUUCACGUACACUGGGUGGAUGAGCACGGCAAAAUACAUGAAGAUGUUUAUGAUACUGUUCUUUUUGCUAUUGGUCGUAAAGCACUUACGGAGGAAUUGAAACCCGAGAACAUCAAUCUCAAACUUGUUGCUGAAACUGGAAAGAUUGAUGCAGUGGAUGAACAGACGAAUAUUCCAAAUGUAUACGCUGUCGGUGAUGUCCUUCACAAAAAACCGGAGUUAACACCUGUUGCUAUUCAUGCUGGCCGACUAUUAGCAAGAAGAUUAUUUGGAAAUUCAACGCAACAAAUGGAUUACAUUAAUGUAGCGACAACAGUAUUUAGCCCCAUGGAAUAUGGUUGUGUCGGUCUCAGUGAAGAGGCAGCGAUUGCAAUUCAUGGAGAGGAAAAGAUAGAAAUUUACCACAUGUACUAUAAACCAACGGAGUUCUUUAUACCACAGAAGGAUGUUUCUAGUUGUUACUUGAAAGUUGUCGCUUUUAGAGGCGGUGACGAAAGAGUACUUGGUAUGCACUUUGUUGGGCCACAUGCUGGUGAAAUUAUCCAAGGCUUCUCUGCUGCUAUGAAAUGUAAUUUAACAUUCCCAAAACUAAAGGAAACAGUUGGUAUACACCCAACGGUCGCGGAAGAAUUUACUCGUGUAAAUAUUAGUAAACGUUCGGGACUUGAUCCGAAGCCACAGAGCUGUUGCAGUUAAAGCACAUGUAUAAUGUAGACUUUUGGCUGAUUGUGAAUAUUUUUAAGUACUGUCAACAGUAAACGUACUAUGUGCUUGUGCACACUAAUCAUUCGCCUCGAAAGUAAUUCACCGAAGGAGGCUCUAAACCGAAAAUAUUUUGUUAUUAAGUCCAAAUAAGAGAAUUUUUUAGAAUACUGCAGUAUUUUCAAAAAAAACAUUGUAGAGCAAUUGCGACGCAUUAUGUCGUACAAGAUGUUUGCUUCUUUUGAAGCAUGUAUUAUUGACUGAUCUGCGAUGUUGUACUUAGUAACUUUUAUAAAUAUAAUUUUUCACAGUAACAAGAUAAUCCUGAUGUAUACAUUCGAACACAAAAUAAAUACCGCUUAAAUUAUGGGUAAGGUAAUUUAUUUGAUAAUGGUUUCUACGGGGACAUAAUUUUAUGUCAAUAGUUUUUUUUGUAGGUGGAGGCGUAGAGGACAUAUUAAAAUCAAUCUUAUUUUU